AUGGCAGCUUCACCCAGGCAGAAGGUUAACUUAGCUGACUCUACUCGGUCUUACAUCAAGAUGACUGAAAACUCAUGGAAUUGGGUCACCCUUCCUACAAAUCUACAAGUAAUCAAGUUUGGCAAUCUUCCUCAAAAUGAUACCAAGAACUUCAUCUGUUUGUCUUAUCUUGGAAGUGGUGCUGAAGGUCUAGUUUGGUUAGCAAUGACGGAGCAAGGAACAGGCUGUGUAAUUAAAUUAGCCAAGUCUGUCAGGCCAAUCUCAUCUCGGAGUAAUCAGCAAGAAUUGACUACAGCCCAAACUCAAAGAAAGGAUGCGGAAGCAGCAGAACAUCAGAUAGCAAGUGAUCGCCUACAAACAGAGGCCAACCACUGGAAGAUAUUAUGGGGAAUUGAUGCACAAGUCAAGGACAUAGGAGGUCAACCUGCCCUUGUCAUGUCCUACUUUAAAAUUUGUGCACAAGAUGAACUGGAAAAUAAUCCACAAAUCAGAACUGCAGUAGUCAAUGCUAAGAAGAAGAAUGGCAAACUGCAAGCUGUCUUCAUUGAUCUCUCAAAUGUUGUCAGGGAACAAGAGGUAGAUGCCAUUGCUGAUAUGAUAAUGAUGGAAAAAUUGAAUCUUACAGG